AUGUUUGAUUCCCUUCCGUUGGAUCAGUAUAGGGCCAACUAUCAGGCAAUUAAGGAGCACAAACCCAUUCCCUAUGGUGAUGCUAAGGGUUUAAUUCUCAUGUCAGACGAUAUCGAUUUGGAUCUGGUAUUGAGAAAACAUAUCCCAACCAAGAUUCUUGAGGAGUACUUUCAUAAACCUAGGGAAGGAGAUGCUAGUACUGACGGAAAAACACGGUAUGCUAGUGACACCGAAGAGCUGUUAAGAUUUUCCAAUGUGUUUAAAGACGACAGCAUUGAAAUUGGGAGAUCUAGGUCAAUGUAUGGAUCGCCAAAAUACUCAUCAUUCGAAAAGGAAAACAUACUAAGACCUUCUACCAAGGCUAAUCAAAAAGGGACAAAAUAUGACAUUGAUAUUGCCGGUGACCUGCUAGCCAGUUCUCACAAGUUUAUAUCCAACCUUCCCACCACUAAUAAGUAUGAAAAGCUACUAUCUUCAUCAAUAGAGAAGACCAUACGAGAGUUCAAGAGAUUGAAAGAGGAGAAUGAACAACUGAGGAGUAAGUCCAGCUCUCCCAGGAACACUGGGGCUCGUCAAUCAGAAGAACUGGUGUACUUGAAGGACGUAAACAAGACAUUAAUGGAAAGACUUCAGAAGGAAAAGGACAGUAAAGAACAGUUAACAAAAAUGGAAACUGAAUUAAAAGUGAAAGAUGAUUCUCUUAGAGAUUUAGAGUCACAAUUAGUAGAAAGGAAUCAACUGAUUGAUAGCCUGCGAGUUCAGCUAGCUGACAGGGAAAAGCUACUUGAAAAGUCGAAGAGCGAACUGGCCGAAAAGGAUCAUAUCAUUGAAACUAGAAACGUUCAGUUAACUGAAAAAGACCAAUUGGUUGAAAAAAUAAAAUCUGAGUUGGACACCAGGAAAAUAAUUAACGAGAAAGAAAACACUUCUAAGACGAGGAACUCUUUCGGCACUCACGACUCAGAAGUACAUGAAAAACAAUCAACACCUACCCAAGGUGAUUCUUCUGUCAAGCAAUCAGAAGCCGAGGCGGCAGUCUCCAGCAUUGCCCGUGAAUUACACCAAAUUAAGGAAAGUAUAACUUACUUGGGUAAAGAUCCUAAAAAGACAAAGCUGUUUGAAGAGAUCAAUGAGAUCAGAGAUCAGAUCAAAUAUCUUGAUCUCAAAAGAUUUGAAAAAGAGGAAGAAAUUGCCAAUUUAAAUGAGAAGGAACUAUACAUACAGCAGUUAUCAGGUCGUUCAGGCUACUAUUUUCAAGGUCCAAAUUUGGCCAAAGAGCAAUGGGAUUCUAUGCGUAAUCAACCAACUGCUUCCCCCAAACAUGACGCAAACAUGCAAGACUCUCCGACCUUUCGUCGUGCGCAGAGAGUGAAACAACCGUGUCCCACCUGUUUUCAGUCCAAUAUUUCUCCUACCCAGUCUACUCGGGACUCAAGAGCAAAUCAGUAUGCACAUAAUAACGAUAUCUACGUGAAUGACUUGGAGAAUAUUGAUCCGAACGAUUUUCUGUCCAAACUGACAGGUCCGGAAGAAAAUAGGAAAAAAGAAGAAGCUUUGAAUUACCUUGACUCUACUCGAUGUGCAAGAAAACAUGCACAAGGACAUACACAAGGAUCUAACCAUCUAGGGGACAUGGAGGAGAUACAUGAAGAGAUUGCAAACUCUGAAUACUACUAG